AUGAAGGUAGGCCAGCUUAAGUAUAUUAAUAGUAUGCAAUUUAUGAAUUCUAGCUUAGCAUCUCUUACAAAGAAUUUGGGCAAUAAGCAUCCAAUUAUGACUGAGUAUUUAAAGAAGCAAAGCUAUUUUUCUGAACAGAUUUCCUUAGCAUAUCACAAAGGAAUCUUUCCUCAUGAGUAUAUAGACUCUCAUGACCGAUUUAAGGAAACAGAAUUACCUCUGAUUAAUGAGUUUCAUAGUAUCUUUGGAGGAGAAUAUAAUGAUCUUUAUCUUAAGAUAGACAUACUUAGUCUAGCAGAUGUUUGA